GAUUCAAGUCCAGAGCCGCACCAUUUCUCCGAAAAGAAAAGAAAAAAGUUCCGCACCAGCGACUAGGGCGAGCGAGAUGACCAGCCGCCACCGCCCGCCGCCGUCGCCGGCGGCGGGUCCACUGGAGAACGACGACCUGCUCUCCGAGAUCCUCCUCCGCCUCCCCCCGCAGCCGUCCUCCCUCCCCCGCGCCUCCGCCGUCUGCACGCGCUGGCGCAGCCUCGCCUCCGACCCCGGCUUCUGCCGCCGUUUCCGCAUCCACCACCGCCGCAAUCUUCCCCUCCUCGGUUUCUUUGAAAAUUCUCUCGGCCGCUCCUUCAUACCUGCUCUGGAGGCGCCCAAUCGUGUCCCGCCCGGGCGCUUCUCCUUGCAGCCCGGCGACAGCGACCCGAUCCCCUUCCGGUGCAUCGGAUGCCGCCAUGGCCUCGUGCUAGUCUUCGACCUGAGGCGCCUUUACCUUGUGUGGGACCCCGUCACCGGCCACCAGCACCGCCUAGCCUGCCCCCCGGGGUUCGAUCCGGAGGGCUCGACCGUCAACGGGGCGGUGCUUCGUGCUGGGCCAGACGUCCAGCACUUCCAGGUGGUCUUGGUAGCGGCAGGCGACGACGACAGAAAACAAAGGCGAGUGUUCGCCUGCGUUUACUCGUCGGAGACCGGCGGGUGGGGCAAUGUCACCUCGACACCGAUUGAGUCCGAGGUUCCCAACGUCCUUCCCAUCGCAGUUGAUACAGUGCCUGCUGUGCUGGUUGGGCGUUCCCUUUACUGGUUACUUAAAGGGAGUUCAUCAAGCCACUCUCCAUUUAAUGCGGAGAAGCAAAUCAUUGAGUUUGAUUUAGAGAAGCAGAAGCUUGCUGUGAUACGGAUGCCAGGGGCGGCGGAUGUUUUUCUAGGCCGUGUAACAGUCGUGCAGGAAGACGGUGGUGGGCUGGGUUUCCUCAUCGUGAAAGACCUCACUGCCCAAGCUCAAUUAUGGAAGAGGAAGAUGGAUUCUGAUGGUGUUGGCUCAUGGGAACUGAAAAGAACCAUUGAUCUGAAUAAACUUCUUUCCCUGAAUUUAGAGAAGCAUAUAGGGAUAAUACGAUUUGCCGAGGACAAUAAUUUGCUGGUUCUGCCCACCGUUUUCGGCCUCUUCACAGUUCAGCUUCAGUCAUUGCAGUACAAGAAACUUUCUGGAUACAACAAAUUUUGUCACCUUCAUCCAUUCGAAAGUGUCUACAUUGCAGAAACAGGCAUCGGUGGUGGACAUGGUGCACCUGAUCUUUUGCAAAACACAUAAAGAUGGUUGUCUCUUUGAGCAGGAAUCUACAGUUACAUUCUGGUGGCUGAGAUGUAGAAACGAGUUGUUGGUGUAGUUUCUCCCAUUCUAAAGGUCGACUGCAGAGAUUGAGCCUCUAUGUAGCAUGCAUUGGUCAGCUGUUAAAUGAACUUGUAGGAACUAAUCGCUUGGAUUUAUCUAUUAUCUAACUUAUGUAGACAUUCUCGGCUGGCAUGAAGGAACAUUAAUUUGCUUCCAUUAAUUAGUACUUGUCCCUCUCGGUUCGCUUAAUUUGCAAGCAAGUAUGUUCCAGUUUUCUGUGUCUUUUUGUUGAUUUUGUUAUCUAAUUCUGUCUAGUGAAUGUGAACUGCAGCUGGCUGUGUGGUGCUAUUUGUUAUCUCACAACUGGCGACUCAACCAGGAUGGCGGCAAUGCCAUUUUGCUACUGGCAUGCUUCUUCUUCUUCUUUCCUUUGAGAUGAGAUGUAGGAUUUGAUGAGUUGGCUAACAUUUGAAAUAUUGUGAGUUAGUUUUGAA